AUGCCUCGCAGUGCUGUAACUCUCGCGAAUAAGCGAGCUCUCGAGCUAUAUGAAAGCAAUAUGAAGUGUGCCAAUAACCAUUCAGAGACUGAAGAAACCGCACCAGAAAGCAAUACCGCAGCUACCUCAACAUCUGAAGACACCACUCAGACGAAUGGCAGUCCCACUGCAAACCGUCAAAUAGGUUCUUGGGCAGGAUGGGCUGAGCUCGAGAAUGAUCCGGAAGUCUUCACCACCCUCCUGCGCGAAUGGGGCGUUCCAGGCGUUCAGGUGAAUGAGGUCGUUCCGCUUGACAGCGUCUUUGAUCACCCAGCUGAGAGCAUCUUCGGGCUGAUAUUCCUGUCGCGGUGGAUGCCAGCAGAAACAGACAACGACAUCACAAAGCCACCUGCUGGUGUCUGGUUCGCCAACCAGACUUUGCCCUUUUCCUGUGCGACUGUGGCGUUGUUGAACAUCAUGAACAAUCACUCUGGCAUUGAUCUGGGGCCACCUCUGAAUGAGUUUCGCGAGAAUACACUCAAGAUGACACCGAAAGAACGUGGGAUUGCAUUGGACGCAUUCGACCAUGUCAGGGAUGUGCACAAUUCAUUCGCGACUGAAAUCGACAAACUGAAUAUCGACCUACGCCUAAAACAGGAAUUUGCGGCUGCAGAAAAGGAGAAAAAGGCGAAGGCGGCUCAAUCAAAACGUCCUCGUAAGAAGAACAAGAAGCAAACCAAGCAGUAUGAAGAAGACGAAAACGGGUUUCAUUUUGUGGCGUACGUUCCAGUUGACGGAUGCGUUUGGAAGAUGGAUGGGCUGGAGCAACUUCCGAGGAAGCUUGGGGCUCUUGCCGACGGAGACAGUUGGGUAGCAAUGGUACUUCCGGAGCUUCAAGCUCAAUGUGAAACAGCCACUGCCAGCGCUUUCGAGUUUUCCUUACUAUCAUUGACUGCAGCCACGGACAAUUUGGGCCUGGAAGCUAAUCGGGAAAAGAUGAAGAGAGUCAGAGAGGACUGGGGUCCAUUCAUUGCUCAAAUGGUGCGCCUCCAUGCAGAGAAGGGGACGCUGAGAAACACCCUCGGUUGA